CUCCGACCUGCACAACAUCAAACCUCAUCUUCACUCCGAUUGCUGAAAAGGGGUGUGUGUUGCUUGAUUCAGGCUGUUGCUCCCCUCAUCAAAACACCCUCCAGCUCUCCUGAACCAGUGGGUCGUAUACCACACCAGCCACACGUCCACAGCCCCCUCGGAUGCCCAAAGCCAACUGGAUAAUCUGUACCCAUCCAGCAUCUCUUAGGCCCAAAGGGAAAAGCACUAUGGUGGCUGUUGCUACCUCUUCUAUACUAGAUUAAUCCCCCACCCGAUACCCCUUUCCCGCUAGACACCCAACAAUGGCUGCUAAUUACUGGGCAUCAACUCAACGCCGACACUGGCUCUUCACGAGAGAGAAGUUGGCGGAGAUUCGGGAGAACUUUAGAGAGCGUGAUAUGGUCGCUCAUAGUCAGUUUCCUUUGCCGGAUCAAAGGUUGCUGAACAUCUAUUUCAGUCAACAACUCAUUAAACUGGGGAAACGGAUGUCUACUCGACAACAAGCACUUGCGACAGCGCAAGUCUAUGUCAAGAGGUUCUACACCAAGAACGAGAUUAGACAUACAAACCCGUAUCUUGUCGUCACUACUGCCUUCUAUCUGGCUUGUAAAAUGGAAGAAUGCCCUCAACAUAUUCGAUUUGUCGUUGGAGAGGCUAGAGGUCUCUGGCCAGAGUUUAUUGCCCCAGAUGUUUCAAAACUAGGAGAGUGCGAGUUCUCUCUGAUAUCGGAGAUGAACUCUCAGCUUAUUGUGCACCACCCAUAUCGAACAUUAUCCGAACUUCAACCCGAGCUGUCACUUACGUCAGAUGAAGUUGCUCUCGCGUGGUCUGUAAUCAAUGACCACUAUCUCACCGACCUGCCGCUCUUAUAUCCGCCUCACGUCAUCGCUGUCAUGGCGAUUAUCGUCGCCGUGGUCUUCAAGCCCAGCCAAACGAGCUUUCACGGGUCAGCAGCACCACUAGCCAGCGCAAUGCGCGAUGGCGGCAUGAACAUUCUGGCCGCAUUGGGAGAGAAGGGCGGCAACGGCCCUCCUCCCCGCAUUCAGCGACUUAUAGGAUGGCUUGCCGAGAGCGAGGUGGACAUCAAAGCCGUCAUAGAGUGUACUCAAGAGUUGGUGUCGCUGUACGAGGUGUGGGAGCAAUAUAGCGAGAAGCAUUGCAAAGAGCUUCUGGGACGGAUGGUGAAGAGCAAGAACCUGGACAAAUAAACAUACAUUUCUCAUGCACAUACAUAGGGUUUUCAAGCGGCGUUCAAGGGGGUCAGUCAUGUCAUUACGAAAGCAUGUCAUGCGCGAGCGAUACUGAUUUUCAGAUCCAUAUUUCGGGUUUCGGCUGGUUGCAGAUUGUUUCAAGUCAGUUGCAUUAUCGCAUAGUCCAAGUGGAUGCCAUGGAGAAUAUAUUGAGGUACUAUAGAUAUAUCAUAGCGAACAAAGAGAUUUCAGAGACACAAACGCCCGUCCUCCCUCCGGACCAGACUGAAUAUCCCGCAUGUCGGUAACCGCCUUCAACAGCUACACAUGACGCACAGUA